AUGACCGAUCCCAUGUUCAGAGGAUUAUAUCGGGGCAAGCAGGCUCACGCAGAUGAUCUUCCAUUGGUUUUACAGCGCGCACGUAAUGCAGGUGUACAAAAAAUUUUUGUUACUGGUACUAAUCUUGAAGAAUCAAAAGAAGCUAUUGAAGCUAUCGAGAGCAAUAAUGAUGCAAAGGGCUUUUUAUAUUCUACUGUUGGCUGUCAUCCUACGCGAUGUUCUGAAUUUGAAGAAUAUAAAGAUGGACCUCAAGCUUACUUUGAUCAACUACUUAAAUUAGCCACUUCUUCCAAAUCAGUCAUUGCUAUUGGUGAAUGUGGACUUGAUUAUGAUCGACUUCAAUUUUGUGAUAAAGAAACGCAAAAGAAGUAUUUUGCUAUGCAAUUUGACCUAGCAGAAAAAACUCAAUUGCCCAUGUUUUUACAUAAUCGUAAUACGGGUGACGAUUUUUAUGAGCUUGUGAAAACCCAUCGUCAUCGAUUCAGUAAUGGUGUUGUUCAUUCUUUUACAGGAUCAAUAGAAGAGAUGCAAAAAUUAGUCGAUUUAGGCUUAUAUAUUGGUAUCAAUGGUUGUUCAUUGAAAACGGAAGAAAAUUUGCAAGUUGUGAAGGCUAUCCCUGAAGAUCGAUUGAUGAUCGAGACUGAUGCUCCUUGGUGCGAUAUUCGUCCUACACAUGCAUCUUAUGGUCAUUUAAAAAAGGCAAGCGAAGAAGAAAUGAAAUUAUAUGCACCUCCUAGUAAAAAGAAAGAAAAAUUCGAAAUGGGUUGCAUGGUUAAAAGUAGAAAUGAGCCUUGUACUAUAGGGUAA